UGUAUGAGCUGACAUUCCUGGAAUAUUACAAUUAUUUUGCACAGCCAGAUUAACUAUCCAUAUACAAAAGUACAAAAAGUGAAAGAGUGUACAAAAAAAUCUGAGAGAAAGUAACCGUCCAAUCAGAAGUCAGUAAGAGUCCUGUUGCCAGGCAACAGCUGUGUAACCUGAUGAGCAGUCAUUAAGUUACACAACAUUGAAAAAAACUCUUUAAAAACAUUGUAGCAUGUCCAAAUGUUCAAAUGAUAUCAUUCCAGCGUCUUCUUCUCCCUCCUUACUUACACAUGCUUGGUGAACAACGGCCGGCGAACAUUUAUUGAUUAUGAAUUAUUGAUCAGGAAAGCCAACAGAGCCCGAGGGAGGAGGAAGCAACACACACGAGCAGGAAGUAGAAGGACACGGACGACGCCAUGGAAUAAAAGAAAAAAAAAAGGAAUGUUUCUUUUUAACCGCCAUCCUUAAGCCCCGCCCUCAAAGAGUCAGCAGGUAUUCUUUGUGUGCGUGUGACCAUUUCUACACUUGACAAAAGAAAAGUUGUCAUUUUUUUUAUUUUAGCCGGCAAAAUGUCGCGACUAACAGAAGAGCAGCCGCCCACCGUUGCCGUGGAGACGGCGACGGCGCUCAAAAGGCAGGACCCGGUGUGCAUCGUGUGCUUUGGCAGCUACGACCUGGCCAAGCGGUUGCCACGGCGACUGCACUGCGGCCACACCUUCUGCCAGGCGUGUCUGAAGAGGCUGGACACGGUCGUCAACGAGCAGGUGUGGAUCCCUUGUCCUCAGUGUCGCCAGAACACGCCGUGUCCUCGGGGGGGCGCGACAGGUCUGGACCUGGACUUGGCCUCCUUCCUGGCCAUCAAGGCGCGGCAGGCGGUUGGCUCCUCCUCCUCCUCCUGGAGCGGCGAGGCGGAGCAGGCCAAGAAGGUGUGGUCAGAAAAGGAGGCGGGAGCGGAGGGCUGGCCACACGGCGGCCUGGCUGAGCCGCGCUUUCAUCGGCACGCCAACUGCUGCACGCUGCUCUCCCAUUGGCUGUGCCGCUGCCUGAGGCGGAGCUAA